AAGAUCAAUCUCUUUCUCACGAUAUCUUUUUUUUUCCUAAACUCUCUCUUGUUCGAUACUAAAAUUAACAAAGUAUUUUCUUCUCAUUAGCUAGAGAGUCCCUAUGGUUCAUCCCCCCCGAAGCUUUGUCAUUUACAACAGACCUUCCCGACGGUUCCCCUGCUAUCUCUCUCUCUCACCCUAACGCUUCCCCUACUGUUAGAUUUUUUUUUUUUAGAUUUUGUAGCAGAGAAAUAUAUAUUGUCUUUCCAGAUCCUUAAGAGAUGGCAAGUUAUAUAAACAGAGAUGGCAUAGGAGCGUCAGUGGGAAUGUAACGCCCGACCGCCACGGCUAAUGGGCCACCCACGCCCGCUCACUCGGCCCGUGGGUCCCAUCCCAUCUGACGGUCGCUCAUUAAUUUUCCAAGGCUCGAAAUCAUUGUUUACUGACCCUGCAAUCACCACCCGACCUUUCUCCGUGCUUUGACCUCACUUACACGGUAUCACGAAUCACUUUCCGAUAGGUCACCCAUCAUUUCACUACUCCAGCCCAAGCACACUUAACUCUGGAGUUCUAAACGGAUGUGUGACGGAAAAAGUAAGUCAACUUUGGUGACAUAGGUAGCCAAAUCAAUUCUCUUAAGCCUUUUCACAUAUCACAACUCGGGAUGUUACAAUUCACCCCCUCUCAAAGAACGCAACGUCCUCGUUGCGCCCCACAACAGGUCUCAAGACGCCUCUCAGGUCAGAACUGAGACGGCUAACCAGCUCUGAUACCACUUGUAACGCCCCGACCGCCCACGGCUAAUGGGCCACCCACGCCCGCUCACUCGGCCCGUGGGCCCCAUCCCAUCUGACGGUCGGUCAUUAAUUUUCCAAGGCUCGAAAUCAUUGUUUACUGACCCUGCAAUCACCACCCGACCUUUCUCCGUGCUUUGGCCUCACUUACACGGUAUCACGAAUCACUUCCCGAUAGGUCACCCAUCCUUUCACUACUCCAGCCCAAGCACGCUUAACUCUGGAGUUCUAAACGGAUGUGUGACGGAAAAGGGAAGGUGGAAGACAUCAAGGCGGAGCACCAGAGAUGACGGCCCGAGCUUCUCUCCGGUGAGACAGAGAAGACAGGGGAAGAGGAACACAGUGUUGGUCAUUGGGUUUGUGGCGAGGAGGCGAAGGAGAAUCUUCUGGUCGUGAGCAGAGUGGAGGCAUGGGGCUUGUGGCGAUGACGCGACGAAGAAGUUGGUGGUCGUGAGAAGAGGUGCUGAAUCCAUGGCAGAGUUUGUCGUUGAUGGAGGUGGUUGCCGGCGGUGGAGUUAAGAAGCUUGAAGAUGGUGUGUUUUGUUAUUAGGUUUAAUUAGCAAAUAGGUUUAGGUUUAAGCUUGGUUUAGUUUUGGUUUAUUUUUUUCCAUGUAAACCAGUUGUAAUUUGUAAUUCAAUUUAAUUUAUAAAUUAUAAUUUUGAUA